GGGAGGCAUAUCAGUGCAACACAGCCUUACUGGAUGAGAAGCAGCAGUAACACUAGCAGCAUCUCAUUUGUGGCUGCUGGGGGCUCGGUCUCACACACACAGGCGCUCCCAGCGCCACCGUCACACACACGCAGUGGCAGCCACAGCCGUCGUUAGAGCCUGGGCUGGGGCAGGGACGGGGACCGCUACUGUGACGACUGGAGCUACGGCGAUAGCAGCUGCUGCACCAUGGCACAAGCCGCCAAGCAGCUACGCAAGAACAAGGACCUAGCGGAGCUCGCAGCUCAGGAGCUGAAGGAUAAGGAGGAGGAGAAGAACAAGAAGAGGAAUCGAUCGAGGGACCGAAGACGCAAGAUGUUGCCGGUGUUGCGGUAAAAGAAAGUUGUGCAGAUUUGGUUCCCACUCCCACUAUUCUAUUUUACCCUGGGUACAUCAAUGUAGCUACACCUGUUACAAUACGCUGUGAGUCACCAAAAGGCACAGAGUGCAAAUUCUACAAAGAUCACGACCCCAACCCUAUAAGGAAACUGGAUUACAAGCAGGGUGCUUGCCAGUUCAAGUUGCUCUGGAAUGAGUUCAAAAGGUGGAACAAGACUGAAGUAGAUCUCAGCUGUGUAAUUGUACAGAACAGAGAAGGUGAAACGAUCAAAACCUCAAAACCUAGUGAUGCUCGAAGACUUAAUGUGGGUGAUGGGGAAAUACCUCAAUCUUCGAUGUGAGGCCAAGGCUGGCACCUCUUGCUACUUUUAUCUGAACAUUGGUGACUCACACUUUAAAAAACUACCCUACAAAGACAAUGGCUGUUUGGGGAGAGUGGCAGAAGAGGAACUGCAGAGGAAGAGGAGCAGUGCUGGAGAGAUCUUCAUCACCUGUGCUGUGGAGCUGGUGGUAGAGGGUGAAGAUACUGUGACAUCACAGCAUAGUGAACCCCUCGGUAUCACCAUAGAUGUCAUAAAUCCUCCAGGAGCUACUAAUUCCACAUCAGCGUUCAGUUUAAUCACACCUGGUCAGGAGAAGACAAGCAACAGUGCCACACCCCAAGGAAGUGGUACAAAGUUCCACGUCGUCAUCAGUCUGGGUACUUGUUCCCUUUUCCUGGUUCUGCUAGCUGGGUGUGUGCUGGGUGUUCUCCAACGCAAGUGUGGGGUUCAAGGCAGGCCUGUAAAUACUGGAAGCCCACCUGAACAGCAAGACCAAAACCCACCAUGUGUCUAUUCUGUCAUCACAAAGCCUUCUAGGGAUGAGGAAGAGGACACUAGUCUGCAAUACGCUACAGUGACAUAUACCGGUGUCCAAGCUAGUCGUCAAUAUGCAACAGUGACAUCUACCGGUAACCAAGUUGAACCUGGGCGCACCAAGAUCAAGUUUGAAAUAGCUGGAGAGUACGCCCUCUUAGCAGAAUCAUAGAAGAAGAAACAUUUACUGGAUAACAUGUUUUGCCAUAGUUUACAGUUACAAUCCUAUAUUUAGUUUUCAUAUUGGAUCAUAAUUUACUCAUAGUACAAAAACAAAUCCUGCCACAACAUCAAAGACUAAAGAUACUGUAUCUACUCCUUUCUGAAAACAAGCAUCUUCAACUAUUUGCAUUUUAGGUUAAAUGAAAUAAAUGAAAAGUACACUGUCUGAAACAUAAAAUAAAUGUUUUCCUUAAUUGAGUUACCGAAUCUAGUCAGCAGUCACCAAUCAGUAGUCACCAAUCUAUUUCACUCCUUGACAAGAGUCAAUAUAGACUCAAAGCCACAAGAGGGUAGAACACAUGUCAAACUUUGCUUGUUACAUCUCUACAUCUCUCUCUUUAACCAUGUCUGGUGUAUAUUAGUUUUCAGUGGUGGAAAAAGUACUCAACAAACAUACUUAAGUAAAAGUAAAGAUACCUUCAUAGAAAAUGACUCAAGUAAUAGUAAAAAUCACCCAGUAAAAUUCUACUUGUGUAAAAGGCUACAAGUAUUUGAUUUAAAAUAUACUUCAGUAUCAAAAGUGAAUGUAUAACUCAUUUCAAAUUCCUUAUCUUAAGCAAACCAGAAUGCACCAUUUUCUUUUUAUUCUUCUUUUUUAUAGAAGGCCAGGGGCUCCAUCACUCAGCCAUCAGUUACAAACAAAUCAUGUCAGUUUAGUGAGUCCGCCAGAUCAGAGACAGUAGGGAUGACAAGGGAUGUUUGGUUGAUAAGUGUGUGAAUUUGACUAUGUUUCUGUCCUGCUAAGCAUUUAAAAUGUAAUGAGUACUUUCAGGUGUCAAGGAAAAUAUAUGGAGUAAAAAUUACAAUGUUUUCUUAAGCAAUGUAGUGAACUAAAAGUAAAAGAAGACACAAAUAUGAAUAUAGUAUAGAUACCCCAAAAACUACUUAAGUAUUACUUUAAAGUAUUGUUACUUAAGUACUUUACACCACUGUUACUUUAAAAAAUAUGUUUUGUUAAUAUCACAGUUUACUUACAGUAUGUGACUUUACUUCCACCUUGAUACACUACCUCAUAUUUCCUCUCUCUGCUUCCUGAUUUCUGCUACCCUCUUCCUGUAGUCUGUCAACAUCUGUUCCUCUCAGACCAUUUGCAAACCCACAUGAUAAUUGCAAUAAUUCAAUAAUAUCUUAAAUAUACUUUUUGCAAUUACCAGCGGUUCCUGCCAGUUAGGCCCAACCUAAUCUGGAAUACCCAGAACAAAAUCUUGCAUGAACAUAACUCUCAUAACCUCUGUGCUCCCGACAGACGUAACAUGUUGGUUACAGAUCUUAGGACAGAUAUGCCCACCCAGAUCAGUCUUAUCUACACCUGCAAUUGGAGCACAUUACAAACCUAUGACAGCUAUAGGUAUGAUAGUGUAUAUGAAAAUGAUGCACCAUCACAGAAGGGUCAUAGGUGGGAGCUAUUGUUUCACCAUAAAAGGAGAGAGGGGAGACACAAAAUACAGUGUGUCACUCUCACACUCACUACUGUGGCAUUGCCUGAGUCAUUAUCUACAGCCAACAGCUCCUGUGUAUAUUUCUAAAAACAUUUUCGAGAGCAUGUGAAUAUAGUCGCCCCCGAAAGCAUUUCUCAUUUCCAUAUAUCCUGUUUCACAUCUCUCUCUGUAUUAUACAUAAUAACAGGUGGCAGGUUUAAAGAACUCUUAACCGUGAUCCAAUGAAUGUGCUGCUGGUGCCUUAUGUUUGUACUUUUGGUUGGAAUGACAAUGAACGACAUUUCUUGUCGUCUCUCUUGACCUACAGUUAACAGAUGCAGGAACAAGGAGAAACAGACAAACACUUGGAUUACCCAGAAGAAGCACCAGAUCUCAGUAAGCCUGAAGUUUGUGAAGGGGUUGAGCUGAGCAGUGAGUCCUCUGCCCUUGUAAAGUGUCAGCAGUGUUUGUUCUAUGUGGAUUCUAAACUCAAGGAGCUUGGUCGAUCAAAUGCCAGCCACAACCAAUGCUCCCUCCAAGUAAAGGGGUCAGAGCUGCCUGGGUGGAAGCCCAGAGGGCUGUGGUCAAAGGUCACCGUCCAGUGUCAUUAUGAAGAAGAGAAGAAGAAAAGGCAAUACCAUGACAUAAUUAUGUUUUUAUGUAGCUGCCUCACACUUUUCCUCCACUUUGCCACCAUAGUGCUUUUUUGGUUUUCUGUGCAUAAACAGUACAGUGGGCUGGCACACAACAUAUAAGCAUGUUAUAAAUGAGUAACCGUUGGAAUUGUGGUUUAUUGAAAGGAUUUGAUGAUUUGAUGUUUCCUUUCAAAUAGUCAUUUGUCCUCAUCCCUUUGUUACAAUAACAGGAAGGUGAAGAUGAUUUGUGCUAUGCCACCUUGUCCCAUGCUGGUGCUCCUCCAUCCUACUCAGUCAAGUUUGAACAAGGCCAUGACUAUGCCACAGUGGUCAUAUACUGACCAGCAUUGCCGAACUGAAUGGACAUGAAAGGACUUCCAAAUGGAUAGAUUGCUUGACUUUAACACCUACAUUUCAAUUUUCUUUCCAAGAAAUCAUUUGCAUAAAUCUAUUUGCAAUGUAGUUUUGAUUAUCCAAUUUGUCACAUUAAGAGAACAAUAAAGUUUUUGUAUUCCA